ACUAACGCAGCUAACAUGUAGUGAAGUCAGACUGUGUUUUUUUUUUCUUUCACUUGUUACUAACCCCAGUUAGGAGUUAGUGUAGUCACAGUAAAGUUUGUUUUAGCGUAUAAUUCAAUAUUUUUCUGUCUUACUAAAGAGGUUGGGAAUUAGCGUAGUCACGCUAACGUUUGUUUUAGUGGCAUCAGUGUGUUUUUUCGUAUUGCAAACAAAGUUGGGAGUUACAGUUAUUGUCAGUACGCUAAUGUGACUAACCCUUCUAACUUGGCUAACAUGCAGUGGUGUUGGACUGUGCUUUUUCUUUACGAGAUGCUAACAAGGUUGUGACUUAGUGCAGUCAAGAUAACUUAAGUUUUAGUGAUAUCAGUCUGUUUUUUUACAUGUUGCAAAUGAAGUUGGGACUUACAGGUAUUGUAAAUACAUUAAUGCUUCUUUCGUGGCUAAUGUGUAGCGUGUUGCAAAAGUUUCUAGAGUUACUGUGAACGCAAUUAAUAAAGUCUGACCAACUUACAGACUUAUCUCUGACUCUUUCUCUUGCCUAAUGUGCCUUAUAAUUUGAUGCUGCUUACAAAUGACAUAAGUUUAAAAAUUCAUUGACAAUGGGCCUUAUAAUCCAGUGCACGUUAUAGUGCAGAAAAUACGGUACCUUUUCUAGGCGGUUUUAGACCAAAGAACACAUGGAACUGCUUGUGAAGAAUUAGAGAAAAUAGAUUUGUUGAUUCCAAGUACGUCUCAAGUGUAUACACAUCUUGGGGAGCUCAUUCCAGCCUAUAGACAGUUUGCACAUCAUCAUCUGAUCUAAAUUGUUAUGAGUUAUGAAUUUGUCUUUAGAGAAAACGGCUCGUUUAAACAUGUUUGCUGCCCUGUUGGAUUCAAAAGCAGACCAAAUGGAGUGGAUUUUCUCUUUACGGUAUCUGGCGAAUUCUUGCCCUCUCUUUGAACACAUGCGACAAGCAGCUCUUUCAGUCUGAGGCCCACUAUCACUGAUCAAACAGCUAUGUUUGGUGUCAGCUUAACAGGGACAACUAUGGUACUCAUAUGUAUGUGUGAGGGGGUGUUGACCUGCUCUUGGUGUGUUUAGAUAGGAAACCAACAUAUGUACUGUACAUACCGUAGAUCUGUUUUUGCACUUGUGAAGCCAUAUUUUCAUUCUUGUGUGUUUGUGCUUUAAAGCUACUCAGAGCUUGCCAAGUUUUAGACACCAUUUCCGUUACUUCAAGUAAAAAUAUCAACUUUUGUUUUUUUUUAACUUUUAGACUUAUACCCAAUUGUCCUUAGAAAAGGCGAGAGGGUGUUUCUCUGACCUUCAUCCAAACGGUUUUUGCUGGUUGACUUCCUCUGAAGUCCUUUAGUUUGUUGUUUCCUGAAGCACAUACUCUAAAGCAGGGGUGUCAGACUCAAUCGCACAGGGGAUCAAAAUCCAAAACAUACAGUGGGUCGUGGACCAAACAGGACAAACAUUUAUUGAAAACAUAAAAUACCUAAAUUGUUAAAUUAUUAAAACUAAACUUUUUUAACAUAAAUAUGAAUAAAAAGUGAGAGUUCUGAGACCAAGAAAAGUCAUCAUAAAUCUGAAAAGGCAAGUGUUCUAUUUUCUUUUUUUCACCGUACAGCAUGACAUGGACUAAAAUAAUCUUUUGAAGUAACAACUUUUGGUAAAUUUGGGAAAAAAAAUGUAAAAUUGCUGUAAUAAUGACUUCCAAUUGUUUUGGAUGGCAGGAAUCUGGUCAGGAGUCUGAUGAGUCGAGGUUUUAUGAUUUUUGUGAAUACUGGUACUUUAAUAGUGUGCAGAGAACUAAGUUAAAACAAAAUAAGUCAGAAACUCACAAAGCUUGAUGCCAAGAACAAGAAGAAAGAAAAAAAAUAAGCGUUUAAAAGCAUCCGACCCAUUAGUGCGGUAGAACAAAAGAUCCUAGCUUAAAGACUGUCAUUACCUGCUCCUUUAGCCUCUUAUUUGUCCUCACAGACAAAAAAAAAUGCAGUGGGAUCUGCUAAGUAAAGACCGAACAGAUGCUCAAUGUACAUCUGUACCAACGGACAAAGGGUUUCUACAGGCGGGAGGCUUUGAGGAAGCGAUCCCACAAAGCCCGUCCGUCAAUGAGAGAAACAUUUGUAACAUGAUGAUGCAGCUUAGCUAUGCACUGCCAGUCACGCUGAAUGCAAACUAUUCAUGUCUUGUUGCUUUACAAUCACGGUGCUCAAGCUUUGGGGGGGCUGAGAGUGGUCACAGUUCAGCAAAAGCCUUCCGAAGGGGGGCCAGUGUCCCUGUAAGACACUGGACUUUUCAUCAUAACUGGCAUGAGUGGAUUGGUUUUAAAUUUCAAGAAGCUAUUGAAAAGGAUUCUUUUGACUUUUUUUUUCUUUUAUACUAAAAUAAAUUUUCAUCAAACAAUUUCCUCCCGUGCUGGUCCAAACAUAUUUUCAUUGUCAUGUUUGGCAGGUUGAUGAAGACUGAGCUGAACUCCGGCAUCAGCCUCAUACCUAACAUACCUGUAUUUGGUUUGGACUCCCUCAGUCCUCUGCACUGUCUAGUUGAGGACAGAUGGCAUAUAAACACUUUUAUUACGGUGACCCCAGGAGAUUCAAUAAAGCCACUUUGAAUGUCCUGCCUCGAGCGGGCAACUCUUCAAAGACCAAAAUACUUCUUUGUUUGUUUAUAACAGAACUAGCAAUUUCUUCUUCUAAGACUAUUUCCAGCAUUUUAGACAGUUCUGUGCAUGUCAAAAUGAUUAAUUCUAAUCAAACAUGUGGUGCAUGGAAACGUUUGUUACAAUUGGAUUACGUUUUUCAUGGCCCAUGCGCACAGUUCUAUUCUAAUCUGAUCUUUGAUACGAUCAAGAACAUUUUGCACAUGUAAACGCAGCUACUGUUGCCUUGGUAACUUACAGCCCCUUAAAACCAUAACCAAGUUUUACAGAAAUGGCGAGGAAUGUUGGCGCAUUCUAGUCGUACAAGGAAAACGAAGAUGUACAUGGAUCUAUUUAUCUACAAUGUAUGCAUCAGAAUGGAACAUUGCAGGGAGGUUGGGACCCACACAUUGUAUAUUCUAUCUCAAAAAUAAACUCCUGAUUCACAACGAUUUUACUAAAAGAAAUAUGCAGUUUUACGUUUCAUUUUCCUAACAUAAUUCCUCCAUUAUCAGAAACAUACCACUCAAAUAUUUAUAUUUUUAUCAGAGUUGGUGUUUAAUGUAAUUCAUACACAUUACCAAAAUUACUUUUUAACGCCAAAUAUGAAUCACCCAUUUGCCAAAGUAAAAACUUAAUAAAAACAUAUUUCAAGCCUAUUUAUUAUGCUAAUGAGUUCUGAUAAUAAAAACUUUAAUAAUUAAAAAAAAAAGUCAAUUUUUUUAAAUAACAGUUUUAAAAAUUCAUUAUGGUCCAUAUUUGUCAAACUCGUGAGCAUUGAUGAGCAUUGUUUUUUGCAGGGACUUUUGGGAAAUUUCAAGGGCACAGGAUUUUCAACCGGACUAAAUAGGAAACGCCUGAAUAGUGCAUUAAGUAGUGAUGGAAUUCGGACCCAGUCCUUGUGUUCCUUUUGAGAAGAACCCAUCACUUUCAAAAUGCGUCGUGCAUUGUGCUUCUACUUUUAUGUAGAAAAAAAAUCAAAAACAUUUUGUAUUUUUGUGUAAAUGAUGUACAUUAUCUUGAGAUUAGUUCACAAUAAUGCUCAGAUGAUGGUCUUGGUUGGCAGCACUGGGUUAACAGUUUAAAAGGUUAAAGCUGUAACUGAGAACUGAUGUAUCCUUCUUGUAAUCAUCUGUCACCAGGAGGAGCCAGCCCUGGAGCUAGAGCUGCUAUGUUACAGUGGAACAAUCAUGAAGUUAUAUUUGGUCAAGGUUAUGAGUUAUUUCUGAUCUCAGAUAAACUUUUCAUGUGCACACAUUUGAGUAAAAUGAACUCCAAACCUUACAAGGUCCUGGGAGCAUUUCUAUCAUUGACUGCAUUUUUAUUAUUUAAACUAUUAUUUUUGAAUUAAUUAGUUUUUCAAAAGAGAUGGAUUUUUUAGCAAGCUUCCACUUGCAUGCAAUUUAUCAGAUGUUUAAAGGCAGAGCCACUGAGGUCUUUAAAUUGGGUUAAAAACAACACCAUAUUUAAUGUAUGAAUGAAAUUGUUUAUUUCAAGCAAUCAGGUAAAUAAUAAAUAGAAUAGACACAUAUUACAUAAUCAAUCACAAGUAGAUUGCUUGAAAGGGAGUGGGAGGAAUCUAACUUAUAUAAUCCUACCCCGGUUCACGAUUACCAUUAUCUUUACAUUAAUUAUCAUCAUCCGGUUCAGGACUUAUUAUCAGAUAUUUAUACCCUACAAUCAUAGAUUCAAGUUAUUACGGAUCCUUAAGAUCCGUAAUAUAAUUAAAUUUCAAACAUCCACAGUAUAUUUUUUUUUUACUUGUCUUAGGUUCUGUCACAGACAAGAUAUUUAUAUGAAUCGGUACAAAAAUCUAAAUAUACUCAGACGAUUAUCAUCAAAAAAAAAAAAAAUCAGCUACAUUAAUCAUUAAAAAAAUCCAAGCACAUUCAGACCAUAAUCACACAAAAAAAUCACCUGCACCAAUCAUCCCCAAAAAUCCAAAACAUACCCAGAUGAUUAAUAAUAAUCUGAAUAUAUUCCAGACCCUCAGCAACGAUCAAUGCAAAAGAUCCUCCCGACGAUGAUGAUCCUAAAAUGUUCUCAUUUAAAACCACCAAAAUAUCACAAAUGUAAUAUUUUUGAAAAUGUCCUAACAUCCUCAUCCAUUUUAGCUUAUAUUUAUUUUGAAUAUACAGUAGAUCUGUGGAAAUUAUUGAUUUUAUAUGUGUGUGUGAACAUUUCUACUUUAAAUUCUAUAUUAAGUCCCACUAAUCGUAUUAAGAUUUUUUUUUCUAAAGAUGGCUUCAUCUAAACAUUUACAAUCCAUAAAUUGGAACAUUUUACACUUACAAUAGUGUAUAUGUAAAAAGUAAAUUUCAAGUAUACUUCCUCGCUUUUAGUAAAAACUAUUUGUAGUAGGCCUACACCUAAAUAAACUACUUUUUGUGAAGGGAAUUCAUGCUCAGACAGAUUGGCAUUGUUAAACAGUUUUCUAUAACUGAUCAUUUUGCUUCUAUGACCAAAUAAGGAUUAAUAUUAGAAUCUCUUGACGCUCAGAGGUUGCAAAUGUAAUCCCUCUCAGAAUAUUUAGUCCUGUUCUAACUAGUCAGGAGAUGAAAUGAGGCUUUCUUCUCUGAGCGGAGACCUUUGGAGGUGAGGGGGAGAGAAAAAAAAAUAAAAAGAGCUCUCUGUAGGAACGCGCCUGUCAGUCACUGCAGUCAUCCAUUAAAGAGGAGAAGCGACCAUGACGCAUUAGCUCGCCUGUGUCUUUAAGAAAGUAAGGUGGGAGAGCCCCCGUGUCCCGACGCGCCGCUCGGUAUGCAAACAUAAAUUUAGCAGCAACGUGUUUGCAGCGGGAACUGAAUAUCUGGAAUCGGCCGUGAGGUGUCAUGUCCUCUCCCGGCCGACUUUGAGGCGUUUUCCUCCGCGUGGACGCUGGGGGAGCAGGCGCGCGGGAUCCUACUUGAGCUUGGAGCGCGCGCGCGCCUCUGUCAGCGCUUUGAAAUUAGGUUGAACUUGCCCCGAGAUGACUGAAAGCUGCAGCUGGACGUGUGGGCUGCUUCUUCUCGCUGUGUACGUGAAGGUCGGCGUGUGGGCCACUGAUGGCGAGGCCGUGUUCAUCAGAGAGUUCACUCUGAUUCGGAGAGAUCCUGAAGAAGGUCUCCAUGACGGCCACAAACAAGAAGACCCGAGCUCCCGGACGGCCCGGUCAGAGGAGGACAGGGACACGCUGUGGGAUGCCUGGGGGUCAUGGAGCGAGUGCUCUCGGACUUGCGGCGGCGGAGCCUCCUACUCCCUCAGACGAUGCCUCAGCUCCAAGACCUGCGAGGGGCAGAAUAUCAAAUAUCGCACAUGCAGUAAUGUGGACUGUCCUCCAGAUGCCGGUGACUUCCGAGCCCAGCAGUGCUCGGCUCACGCAGAUGUGCGAUACCAGGGUCAGUUCCACGAGUGGCUGCCCGUGUACAACGAUCCGGACAACCCCUGCUCGCUGAAGUGUAGAGCCAAGGCCUCGGGCCACAUGGUGGAGCUGGCCCCCAAAGUGCUGGAUGGAACACGCUGCUACACAGAGUCUCUGGACAUGUGUAUCAGUGGAGUCUGCCAGAUCGUAGGCUGUGAUCAUGAGCUGGGGAGCACAGCCAAGGAGGACAACUGUGGCAUCUGCAAUGGAGAUGGCUCAUCCUGCAGACUUGUGCGGGGGCACUACAAAUCCCAGCAUGCUUCUGGAAAAACCGAGGACACGGUGGUCAACAUUCCCUUUAAAAGUCGGCACGUUCGCCUGGUCCUGAAAGGCCCGGAUCACUUGUAUGUGGAGAGUAAGACUCUACAGGGGGCAAAAAGUGAACUGACGCUGGACAAAUCGGGGCAGUUCUUCCUGGACAACACCACCUUGGACUACCAGAGGUUUUCAGAUAAAGAGAUCUUAAGAAUGACGGGUCCACUUGGAGCUGAUUUCACAGUAAAAGUUCAGUUGGUCAGUGGAGCAGACAGUGUUGUCCAGUACAUCUAUUAUCAGCCCAUUAUCCACCGUUGGAGGGAAACGGACUUCUUUCCGUGUUCUGUCACGUGUGGAGGAGGUUACCAGCUGACGUCUGCAGAGUGCUUUGAUCUCAGGAGUGGCCGUGUGGUUGUUGACCAGUAUUGCCUUUACUACCCUGAAAACGUCAAACCUUUACCGAAGUUACAAGAGUGCAAUAUGGAGCUCUGCCUAGACAGCGACGGCUACAAAGAGAUCAUGCCGUACGAUCUCUACCACCCUCUUCCUCGAUGGGAGAGUAGCCCCUGGACAGCCUGCUCCACGUCUUGCGGUGGGGGGAUUCAGAGUCGCUCAGUAUCAUGUGUGGAGGAAGACAUGCAGGGAACCAUAACCCCCACGGAGGAGUGGAAGUGCCUCUACGCCUCCAAAACGUCUAUCCUCCAGCCAUGCAACACGUUUGAUUGCCCCUCCUGGAUCGCACAAGAGUGGUCGCCUUGCACAGUGACGUGCGGACAAGGCCUGCGCUACAGAGUCGUUUUAUGCAUCGAUCAUCGCGGCGUCCAUGCCGGAGGAUGCAAUCCCACCACCAAACCCCACAUCAAGGAGGACUGUCUGGUCACUGUGCCCUGCUACAAGUCCAUAGAUACGCUUCCCGUUGAGGCCAAACCUGCGUGGCACAAGCAGGCAAUAGAGCUGGAGGAGGUGGUGACUGCGAGCGAGGAGCCAACCUUCAUUCCCGGUCCCUGGCAGCCCUGCAGUCGGACCUGUGGCGCCGGCACGCAGCAGCGAGCCGUCAAGUGUCAGGUGCUGCUGUCCUUCUCCCAGACUGUUGCUGAUCUGCCCGAUGAUGAAUGCGAGGGAGUCAAGCCCGCUUCCAGCCAGCCUUGCUACCGCACUCCCUGCCCUGGAGGAGAAAGCAAAGAGGAGGAGGAGGAGAAGAGGAGGGACUGGACGCCACAAAAGGAGGAACUUCACGACUGGGAGUACGAGGGAUUUACGGAGUGUUCAGAAAGCUGCGGCGGAGGGGUCCAAGAAGCCGUGGUGAAGUGCCUGAACAAGCAGACCGGGGAAGCAGCAGAGCACGGUCUGUGUGUGAGCUCCCGCCGCCCCCCGCAGCUGCUCCAGGACUGCCAAACCCAGGCCUGCCCGCCCAGGUGGAAAACAGGAGAGUGGAGUUCUUGCUCUGCAACCUGUGGGGUUGGUCUGAUGACCCGCACUGUGGCGUGCACCCAUCGACCGUUUGCCGACUCCAACCGCACGGUGAUUCUCGGGGAAGAGGAUUGUCACCCCCCCAAGCCCAGUCCUGUCCAAGCCUGCAAUCGCUUUGAUUGUCCUCCUCUGUGGGACCUGCACCCUUGGGGACAGUGCUCCCAGAGUUGUGGCGGUGGGGUGCAGAGGAGGCGCGUGCUGUGCAAACAGCGGCUGGCGGAUGGCAGCGUCCUUGAGCUGCCCGACUCCUUCUGUCCCUCCCGGAGGCCUCUGAGCCAGCAGCAAUGUGGUAAAAAGGACUGUCCUCCUCACUGGAUCACUACUGACUGGUCUCAGUGUUCAGUGACUUGUGGACAUGGCAUUCAGGCUCUACAAGCAGUCUGUAGGAAACAGGGAGCCAAUGGACACUAUUUGACCGUAGACCUCAAGAACUGUUCCAAGUUGGCCAAGCCCUCCAGAUUCCGACCCUGUUUUCCUGGGAAUUGUGAAGUUGCAGACUCACUGAGGCCGAAUCCCAUCCAGCUCCCCUUGAAGAAGGUGUACAUCCAGUGGAGGAAGACUAAAAGGGUGCACCUGGUGGUUGGAGGUUAUGCCUACCUUCUGCCUUGGACAACUUUAGUCCUUCGCUGCCCAUCGGGAAGCUUCCGCAAAGGUCACAUUCGAUGGCUGAAGGAUGGGAAGCCUUUGGUGAAUCUGUCCGUCACUUCCCAGGGAUACAUGAAGAUCCAGCAGGUUCAACCGUCUGAUGCGGGGGUGUACACGUGUGUCACAGGUCAGGCUCAGGAACAUUUCGCUCUACUGAUAAUCGGCAGCAAACAGAAGCUUUUCGCUCCAGAGUCUUUGCUGGUCGAAAGUAGUAAAAAUUGGCGUCCAGCAUCACCAAGAGGAGGUCCUCAGGAGCUACCGGUCUCCCUAAAUACAUAUGACAACCUGGUAGGCCUUCUGCUUGGACUUAAAAGCUCUUUCCAAAAUGAGAAAUACCUUGCGAGCAAGCCCCACUGGAGUCAGAUGAACAGAUCAACAGAUGGAAGAAGCUCAGAGUUUUCCAUCCCAGUGUUGCUCACGGCUGAUAUCCAGAGGCUGGAUGAGGUCAUCUCUGAAGGCCUCAGAGGAGCUCAAGCAGAACGGCUCGUCGCUCAGCUGCUAAACGAGCUCAUCACCACUCAAGGAGACACCAAUGAGUCCAGCUUGCACCCUACGGAAAGAGCGGCAUCUUCCACUGAAGGACCACUCGAUAACAAACCCAACAUCAAAGCCCACACGUCCAGAGCUAAAAGCCCGGUGAUAAUCCAGAGGUCGAAGAAGGUCGGCUCGUCUCCCGCGUCUGAAUCUGUCGUGUAUUUGGGAGCACCGGUCGUGCUGCAGAAAGCUGUCGCUACUUUGGAGUUAAGGUGCGAGGCUCUGGGGGAACCCCACCCAUCCGUGACAUGGAGUAAAAAUGGAAAAGAGGUGCAGCUGAGCAGCAGAGUAGACCUGUUACCCAGCGGGACGCUGAGGAUCCAGUCCCCUGGCAAAGGAGACGAGGGUCUGUACACCUGCACAGCCAGAAACUAUCUUGGAAGCGCAUCUCUCUCAUCCUACCUGCAGAUAACAAGUGGAAAAGGAAAAAGCUGUGUCCACAGCAACAGGACGGGAGGAUCUUGUUCAGAGAGGAGUAACAGCAGCCAGUCAGCAGAGCUUUGCGCAGGACAAGGCUGCCACCUCAGGUGGCGUCUGGACGCUUGGUCGUCUUGCUCCGCCUCCUGUGGAGGUGGAUCCCAAACCAGGAGGCUCCGCUGCUUGAAGGGUCCCGUGGGGCGUUCGAGGGAAGUGGAGGUCCGGCAGUGCCUUUUGACGGGAAGGAGACCCGCUAAUACGAGGCUGUGCAACGUGGUUCCCUGUGCCAGAUGGGCAACCACGUCCUGGGGUUUGUGUCAUGGACAGUGUGUGGGUCCCAGUUUGGCGACGCAGCAUCGACACGUUUACUGCCAAAACACAAACGGCACCAAGGUUUCCUCCAGGAUGUGCAGUGCGUUCAGGAGGCCGAGUUCUGUGAAGAACUGUUCCACAGAAGCGUGCGCACUCCGCUGGCAUGUCGGUGCGUGGACACAGUGCACUGCCACCUGUGGGAGACAUGGUUUCCAGUCACGCCUAGUGACCUGCAAACACCACCGCACCGGCAAGACCGCACGGGAACACCACUGCAUGUGGAGGCCUCGGCCUCCCAGCUGGCAGCGCUGCAAUAUUCUGUCCUGCAGUAGAACGGGAGAGUGUCAAGACAGCACCCGGUACUGUGAGAAGGUCCGUCAGCUGGAGCUCUGCCCGCUGCCCCAGUUUAAGCGGCGCUGUUGUGUGUCGUGCCGAAACACCUGAGGCGGCGGCGGCGGCGGCAUGGGAAUGUACACGAGUCCUGGACUGUUUAGGGAAGACUCUAAAGCUUCGUCCUCUCCUGUCCUCACUGAGUCUGGGAUGGAUGAGUGUGGAGGAACGUUUGAAUGUUUUCCUUUUUCUCAUAACCAAAGUGGUUUUGACGUUCCCCUUUUUUUGCCAGUGUAAGACUGCAAAACAGGUUUUCUUCCUUGAGAGCACCAAAAAAAUGAAGAACUUGCUGUUUUGUUCUCAUUGUUCUAACAUUUAAAAAUCUUCCCUUUCAAAAUAAAAGAAAAAAAAGUGAAACUUCCGAAAGGGGAAGUGACAUAUCAACAGCUGGCCCGCCAACGUGGAUGAUAUCACGAAUAGUUUUAGGGUUUUUUUCUGGGGCAGCAGUGAAUAACAGACCGGAAAACACCUUAAGUUGUGGUUUCACUAUUAAAAAAUAAUCUUUCAGCUGCUCUUCGUGUAUAAGCAAAACCUUACGUUUUUACACCCUUUCUGAAACAUUUAGCCAUUAACAUCCUCCAUCAGUCUUAAGCUACGUUCACACCGAGGAAGUGAUGCGCGUUCAAGAACACGCUAAAAUUAUACGUAGUCCAUGGUGUUCACACUGGACAAGCAGGGAUUGGCUCCUUUUUCUUUUUCUACUGUUAACUAGCGGAUGACCGCCACCUAAAGUUGGAAGAAGCUUAGUGCAAAUCUUCCAAAUCUCACUAUAGGCUUUUUUUUCCGCAGCUCUAUUCCAAUACAUAAAAGAUUUGGUUCGAAUUUGGCCAGACACAAACUGCAAUUAUUAAUGUUUCCUCCAUGAUCAGUUUUCUAGUGGUUGGUACUAUCGUCGCCAUCUUUAUGGCUCCACCAAAUCCAAGUCCCUGAUUGGUCAAAAACCAACUCGUUUAACUUUCAACGCUCAUUCAUUGUUUUGAGUCUCAAAACGUUGGUAAAAACUUGCGUACCAACACAAGAAUGCGAGAAACUGCCAUUUACUCGUGUUUACACAGAUUUUUCAUUCACAGUUGCCACUUUAACUCGUGUUGCCGAGGCCGGUGUGAACCUAGCUUAACACGCUCAUGAUUUCAGAGACAUUUUUCUAACUUGAUCCACCUUACACUCAUGAUUCUGUGAAAGAAAAUUUAAUUUUGGGAAAACCACUGGACUUCACUUAAAUUCAGCGACACAAACUCUCCAUAUUUGUUGAGAAAAGCAACACAAUGCUGCUGAAGAAGUGAAAAGAUUGGACCCAAAUAUUCCGAUUUAGCGCGAAGUGAAUCUCAGUCCAAGUUAGAAUUAAUGUUGGAUUUACACUGGUCCGUCUGCGCUACGUCAUAGGCACGUCACCUUAAAUAUAAAAUAUAAAAGGCUUUUAUUUUGAAAUGCGAACCUAUUUCCUGUUUAUCCGGCUUUUUGCAGCAAAAUUGAAGCGUUGGGGAACGACGUAGAUAUGACGAAGGCAAUGUUUUUUGGUCAAUGCAACGAGCGUGUACCUUAGACGGACCCGUGGAAAUCCACCUUAAUCGUAGGCAGAAUUGCAGCUUUUGAACAAGAAUAGGUGUGAAUGGGGUUGCACUACUGGUAAAGUUGUGUGGGGAAAAAAAAACUUUUUUUGCACUCAAACUCAUCAAAGCUUUGUUAAAAACACAGCUUGCUGAGGUUAUUUUAAUAGUUUUGUGACUUUUAUAUAAAUAUAAAUAUCUGUUUAACCACUUUGUGUUGAAGCUUCCCGUUGUUCCCCAUCAUUCUGUGGAGCUCUUCUGUAAUGUGUUUUCUAACCUGGCUCUUUGCUCACACGGUGUUUUACACCAAAGGGAACUUUUACUGAUGAGUCGGCGUUCCGUCAUCGGUCGAGCGGGGUUUUGCACUUUUACCCUCACCGUGUCCUGGGUCAUCAUCUGGAGUAUUUUAGCAGGAAAGAUGGAUUGGGGUGUUGAUACUUGCUUUUAAACUUGUGUAGAUAUUUUUUUAUGUUACUAUUUAUUUUUAUGACUUUUUUUGUGCAUAGCUGUGUAAAUAGUAGCUGGGAUAGGGUUUGAAGCAUUUAUGUCCCUGAAGCUCUUUGUGUGUUUUGAAGUGUGUUGCUCUCUCCUUUGUUCAAAAAAUAAACACAUUCCUUUUUUUGUUCUUA